AUGAUUCAAAAGCAGAAGACAAUGCGAGCUUUCCGCUUGUUGGAGUAUGGAAAACCUGGGCAAUAUUGUGAUGUUCCUGUACCGGCUCCGGCAAAGGGAGAGGUGCUGAUUCGCAUGAAAGCUGCGGGCCUUUGUCGCUCAGACCUCGACAUGCUGGACUCUCUUCCCGGGUCAGAUCCGUACGCAUCGGCAGUGGAUGCACCAUACACUCUCGGCCAUGAGAAUGCCGGUGUUGUUGAGGGCCUAGGAGAAGAUGUCGACGACUUGAAAGUUGGUGAAGGCGUCGCUGUGCGGCAUAUGCCUCAUUGCAGCCAUUGCGAAUAUUGCAUCCGUGGUAUUACACAACAUUGUAUUACUCAUCGGCGCGGUGCAAUUGAAAUCAACAGAGGUACAGGUUGGGAUGGCGGGUUAGCCGAGUUUAUGAUCUGUCCUCGCGAUCAGCUUGUUUCAAUUGGAGAUGAGGACCCGGUCAAAUAUGCACCUCUGACCGAUGCCGGCGUAACUGCAUAUGGCGCAUUUGGCACAGUGAAAGAUCGCCUACGUCCUGGAACUUCUGCUGCUGUCAUUGGAGCUGGUGGGCUUGGUGUUUACGCCAUCCAGUACCUUAAAAUGCUGGCAGGUGUCAAGGUCUUCGCGGUGGACAAGAAUCCAAGCCGUGCCAGGAUUGCCACCGAGCUUGGUGUUGACAAGGUCUUUGAAGCCGGCUCUAGGGCUCCCCAACAAAUUAUGGAAACAACGAGCGGGAGAGGCGUGGAUGCAAUUCUUGACUUCGUCGGGUCUAAUGAGUCACUAAAGUUGGCGUGCGCCAUCUCACGCCCAGGGGGGCGAAUCGUGUUGGUUGGCAUGGAAAUGGGGACUGUUGAACUGGGCUGGAACAAGAUUGCCACAAGCUGCGAGUUUGCAAUAUCCCUUGGGUCAACUCGACAAGAUCUGGAGGAGGUGUGCUUGCUUGCGCGUGAAGGAAAGCUAAGAAUUGAUAUGGAUAAGUUCUCAUUUGAUGAAGUACCGAAGGCAUACGAUGCGCUUCGCAAUGGCACGCUUACUGGGCGGGCUGUGGUUGUAUUCGACUAG